UUCGAGAUUCAUGUGGUAGGUCAGUGCGGUGUUGGCGUGCAUCGAGGUGGGUGUAUAAUGUAAGUGUAAGUAAAUGUAAGAAAGUGCAGAUAAGAUAUACAUUCAAAUGACUGUCGUCGAUGGAGGCGGUCGGGACUGGUUGAAAUUAUAAUUAGGACUAAUUGGAAUUGUCGCAAUUGGUUACUGUGCAAGAGUGCAAGACUGAAAAAGUGAUGGCGAGUAGUAAUGGAGUAGUAUCCGUGAUAGUGAUUAUUGCCAAACAUUUUUUUUAACGGAUGGCUCUGUCUGAGGUGCAUAAUUUGACAGCGAUUAUCGGCAACAAUGCUUUCGCAACUGAUAAGAAAAAUAACGAGACCGAACACAGUGUCAAUAUGUUGGAAGUACCACGAAAAAUUUACUCUAGGGGCAUACAUAGUGUGGAGUAUAAUCAUUGGAACUAUGACCUAACGGAUUGUGAUGCAAAAAGAAAUAUGAAUAAUUUCGAAGACGACGACUCGAGUCAAGACUUGAAUAAUCCAAUGGUUAACGACUUAGUAUCAAAAAUUCUCGACGAAGAUUCCAUUACCAUUGAUACUUGUCGCGAUAGCUACAACAGCGGAAAUACGCAUUACCGAGCAGAGUUUACCAAUUCUUGCUCUAAUCAAAUUGGAGAUACUUCAGACACUUAUUUGACAGAUUAUAUAGAUCAUUUAGGUGUUGGUUAUCCAUGUAGCAAGUUUACAAACAAUAUUUACAAUAAUACAAAGAAUGAAUAUCAUCAAUCGCCUAAUAAUCUUUGUAACAACUUAAAAACAUUGAAUCUCAGUGCAUGCAUAGAGCAGACUAUAGCAGAGGGGAACAAUGCAUGUAGCAAUGAAAUUACAUCGAAUACGUAUUUGUCUGAUCCUCGAUCUCACGGUAUACAUUCAAAUGAUGGAAGUAUAUACACGAGUGGAACCAACAUGCCAUCGUGCAAUGAUUUACCAGCAACUACAAAUGGACCGAAUUACGGCAAACAAUCUAAUAACUGGACGGAAUCGUUAUUAACUUCCUCAAUGGGCUGCAGAAGCGAAUUGAUUGGAAAUUAUUCGAGAAUUUCAAGUUGCGUUAAACCUGAUCUUAAUUUUAACAUGACCGCGUUAAGUUUGACCCUAGAUUCACCAAAUUCCGUUCCCAUCAACGAGCUAGAAUAUCGAAACAGUACGAGACAAAGUGCAUCACUGAACUCGUAUGGUAAUACUGUAGUAAAUAUGCACGAUAUAUACAAUGUUACCAAUAACAUUGGUUCCGGAUAUAGGCCCAACACGGCGAUGACUGAUCUAAGCACUGAUUCUAAUUUCUUAUCGAUCUCGCCGUUACAACAUUUCUCACCGGCUGAUACAACUUUACACACUUGUUUCGGAAGCGGUAUACAAGGUAAUGGUAGCGGCGACUUUGCUAGGAAUGAUACCGCUAGAUUAAAUAUGACGAGUGUUAGUAUACCUAACGAGCAGAUUCAGUUCUUGCAGCAGUCGCAAACUCAUAGUUACAAAUUAGCGGAUCAAGCUGUGGACCAAGAUUACAAAAACUUGAUCAAUUAUUAUCCUCCCUGUACAAAUAGCUUUAUCGCAUCUUCGGCGAGUAAUUUAGACACAAAUGAGAACAUUUGUCUCCCUAGUGAUUGUAGAAUUGAUAAUGGCUUACUGAAGAUGAUUAAUCCAAAAUCAAAGUUUAUUGAAACCAAAACAUACUCACCGAUAGGAUUUCCAAAGAAUCUAAGUUCACGUAACUUAUAUCAGCCUAUUGCCAAGUAUGGUUGUCAUAGUUAUCAACAGUACACUGCCAACAGUGGCGACACUUUGAAAAUAUUGCAACAAAAUUCCACAUUUUAUCACAACGACCCGAAGCAGCCUAAACUCAAUAAUGUAUACAAAUUGGAUGGAUUUGACAUGACUAAGGAAAUAUCCUUUCCUUCGGGAAGUCAUUUGACCGAUCGUAUUACGAGAUCUGCACUGGACAAGGAUGCCUUGUCCAAUCAUAUUUUGAAACAACGACACCAUAUAUCGAAAAUACAGAGCAUUCCAGCUGGAAUCCCGCCUCCUGAUAUAAUUUUUAAUUCAGGAAUGAUAUCAGGUACAAAUAGCGUGAGAUCAUUUCCAUCAGCGAUGCCGGUUUCUGUUCCGGUUCACCCUGUACCGCGACUAUUUUCCGCUCUUUACGGAGGCAAUCUGAGUCUUAGAAAUGGGAAUGGUGUAGCUAGAAAGACAGGUCCUUCGAGUAUAUUGCAUUUUAAUCUCGAACAAACAUACGAACAAUUUAAGCAAUUGGAGAAGGAGCGCAAGAAAUGCGAGGCUGGAUUGGCCGCGCAUUUUCCUGGGAAACGAGUAACCAGUGCGAAUAACAUACCUAUCCCACGACUUCAAGGAAAUCCAUCAAGAGUGGAUCGCUUGAUAAUUGAUUAUUUGAGAGAACACGCCCGUGUUAUUACGUUGAUAGCAAAAAUGGAACGCUUACGAGGGACCACCAUGAACCAACGCGUACACAAAGCUAUGGAAUAUUGGCUGGAAGCUAUCAAGUAUGUUCAAGAAUGUCGUAAGCAAGAGAUUGCGAAUGCUAUCAAACGGCAGAAGGAGAACCCACAUUGUAUCUUAGCAUAUAAUGACAAUGAUAUUCUAACUUUGGCUGGAAGUGUCCAUGAAUUGACGAAGGCAUCGCGGUACGCCCGGACCGGUAUGUAUAACGCGCUUCAAGCUACACUACUCUAUGACUUGGAUAUAGAGAAGAAAGUCAUCGAGACCCCAAAGGAUCCGGUUCUUGAGACAAAAGUUUAUAAUGAAAGUCAAACAAAAUCCGGAACCGACGAUUAUGCAAGCAAUACUUAGCAAAUCUGUGCUGAAUUCACUUGGUAUCGCUCAUCUUGAAGUACUAAAUCGAGUCCAGCAGCUUUUUACUUACGUAUAGUAUUACGUUUUUGAAAAGCUUUUGCUGGUGUUUACGAUUAUUUUCCUGUUGAAACAAAAUGCCGCCCAUUAAAUUCAAGACUUUUAUUCACGACAUUACAAACGACAACAACGCACGCGCGAAUGAACUAAGAGUGAAGCGGAAUUUUAGGAACGCAUGCAACCUUUAUCGGUAACUCCAUAGUUUUCUACGUAUUUUAAUGCUUACGAUAGUAUAACCGACUUAUUGGCUUCUCGAGGACACCGAUUUAGAUGCAAGAAUUUCGCAAAACUGCCUUUUACCCUUUAUCGGUUUAUCUCUAUCGCGUGUAAAAAAAAUAUCGCUUUUUAUUCGAUAUCAAACAAGUCGGAAAUAAAUCGAAAGCAGUAUCAAUCAUGUUUAAAUCGUUGACAACACAAAGGAGAUUGCUCAGAUGUAUAUUACAUCGCUUAGGAGUAGAUAAAAAAAAAGUCGUUUCUUCGUACAAUUGUUUAUUAUAUGCGUAUUUUAAUUAAAUAGACAGAUGAUUAGGCAGAGAAUGCCGAUGUAUUUGUUCAAAAUGUUCGGCAGUAACUUGUUAGAUUAGCUCAAUGUGGCCUUCCUUGGAUGUGUGACCUAUAAUGUGUGUGGUAGUAGAUGUUUCAAGAUUUAAGAAUAAUUCGUGAAAUGUAAGUGCGAUUACAAUCGUACACUACACAAGCCAUAUAUUAUAUAUUAAAAUGUUGUUUACAUGGUAGAGUAAAAAGCCAGACUUUUCCAUUAUAUUGAUAUUUAUCGUUCCUUUCGAUGUAUUCUGAUUCCUAUGAAUACAUAAAAGGAUACAUACGUUCCUUUCGAUACACAUACAUAUGUGCGAAGUGAAACCAUCUAUAUUACAAGUAUACGCACAACGAGAGCCACAUUCAUACAUAAAACAUUUAAGAAAUCAUCUGCGCAGUAUAUGUGUGUAUGUACAUACAUAAAUACGUAUAUGUAUACAUAUAUAGGCAUAUUCUUAAUUUAUGUUGAUGCUAUUACUAUUCCUUUCGCUUCACGAAUCACUUAUUGUUAUUUAUCCUGUACAAUAUAAAGAAAGAAAAAAACAAUACACGCGCGCAAAUGUACUGAGCGGAACAACAAAUAUCACGAUGAAAUCGCGAAUAAUACGCGGUCGUUAGUUUUUCACAGAUUUGUAAUUAAAGAGUUUCUCAAUUUAAUUUAAUUUAAUUGACAUUUAAUACACACACACACACAUAUAUAUAUAUAUAUAUAUAUAUAUAUAUAUAUAUAUAUAUACUUAUAUUAGAAAAUAACUGAGAUAAAUAUUUCACCUUACUACAUGCUUUUUUCUCGCGUAUUGAAAACUGUGAAAAACUUAUACCAAGAAUUUCUCAACACAAAUGCUAUAAAUACAUUUUUCAAGAAUAUGGAUCUAUGGUGAUUUGCGAAUGAGUUUUUCAAUUAUUACCUUACAAUACUUAAUUUUUUAAUCCUUCAUCUAUAUAAGAUCUUUAUAUAUGUGCAAUUAUUCAGAUGUCUUUUAUUUUUUAUUUUUAAGAAGAACACAAAGACUCGCGCGCAUUACAAGAAAAAUGUGCGUAUACAUACGUUAUGAAUCUCCUAAAAUAUAUAAUAAAGUUUAUUAUAAUGCGGUAUCGCCAUAAGAACAUUGAAAUACAACAUAGAUAUGUAUAUGACAAUCCCAUUUAAACCGCAUGCGCAUUAUCUACUAUUGCAAAUUUAUGCACGCACACACGCAUAAACAAAUACGCACGCGCAUAUAUCAGUAUUUAGAAAUUAGAAUGAUCAAGCGUAUUCGGUGGUUCUAUAAACUUGAAACAAGAUAAUAUAGUAAAAUCUGAUAUUUAGAAGCAAUCCAAUUCAAUUUGAAAUUGAAAGAUUUGUAGCUGAAGUGGAAUAAGUCUCUCUCUCUCUCUCUCUCUCUCUCUCUCUCUCUCUCUCUCUCUCUCUCUCUCUCUCUCUCUCUCUCUUUUCUCUCUCUCUCUCUUUUUCUCCCUUCUCCUCACCUCGACCUUUUUCUCUUUAACUUUUAAUUAAUCAAUUCUAAGUUUUGGAACCGUCCAUUUCAAAUAAAAUCGAUUUUAACAAAUUCACUGCCAAAUGUAAUCUUGGUCGAUUCUAUAAUUAGUAUUUAAAUUAUUAGCACAUCGACAUUUGUAAUUCUCUCCGACAUUUGAAUAUUGCUGCACAAAUAUCAGUAAAAAUUUCAAAUCUUAUUUUUUCCAACAUUCAGCGUUGAUGAAAAGAUAUAUAGAUUCGGAAUUUCAUAACACUAUCGAUUUGAUUAAUGUAAGAUAUUAAUGAAAAAAAUUUUUUUUCUUGUAAUGAUGUUGUGAAAAAUGAUAUACCGAGCCAUAGAUAAAAUCUAUUCUUCCUUAUACUCUACUGAACCACCAAAAUAAUGAUAUUGAUUAUUCUUGUUUCAAAUAAUAAAAAUCGAGAUAUUCUAUGUACAUGUAUAUAGACAUGUAUAUAAAUUGCUAUCUUGAACCAACGAUAUUUUCAUCUUUUGUGAAAUAGAUUAUUUUUAUUAAACAAAUUUUUAUAGACUAAAAUGGACAUCGGCUGCCCUCAAUACACUUUUUCAUUUACAAAAUAUUUCUUUUAAUCUCAUUUUAAAAAAUUUUAAUUGAAUUGGUUCUAUUAUAUUUAAUA